CUGAAGGUCAAAACAAUUCUCUUCUGUUGAAGUUUAUGUUCUUUGUGAUUGAUUUAUCACGUUAAAAACAAGCUACCAAUAUUAACAUGCAGACAAAGUUAAUCGUAACAGGUUAACGGAUUUUUAUGCAAUAUAUCCAGCGGAUAAAUCCAACUCAGAACAAAACGAUGACACAAGCAUUCGAACACAAUACUUCACAACACAAAAUCGCAAUUUAGCCAUACUCAAAUAUUGCGAAGUAAUGAGGAGAAAUCAUUCAGGACAUCAUUAUUACAAUAUGAACAUUGUAGUCGAACUUUUAUUCGAUUAAAUUGUUAAACUACCAAAAAUAAAAUACAUUUAAUUCUCGUAAUCAGUUUUAUCCAAGAAAGAAAAACAAUACUAUGGUCCAUGAUAAUGCAUUAUAGUUUAGUUUUAAUAUAAUCCUAUAUAAUGUUUCUAUGUAGAGAUAUAAUUGUAAUUUUAAUUAGCAUUGCAUGGUAUGAUACGCCUCGAAAUUUUGAUUAAAAUGUACAUAGUAUUCUUUUUCAUUUUCUUGAUAAAAACUGUAACAUGCGUUUGUUUGCAAUUGAUUGCAUGGUUGAGAUGUGUGUGACGAUGAUGGGAAAGGGGAUGAGAAAUGGAUGAGUGAAUGUAUUGUGUGAAUAGUGUUCGAAUUGUUGCAGACACCUUAAGAUAUUGUGCACCAUAUCCCAACUAACAUAUUUAAUUUCAGGGACUAAUAACCAUAUUUUUAUUUACUUUUCUCCAGAUUUAGAUCUAUUGGGUGAGUAGACUUGUUCACUUGAAUUGCAAUUGAAUUACGAAGUGGAAUCACAAGCACUUCUUAUUUUGACACUUUCACAUUAAACCCUUAUUUCAAUUAAAGCCAAUUAAGUAUUUAUGAAUGAUAAUCAUAACACUAUACCAGUAUUUCUAGAAUUUAAUUAGAAUAUCUCUCUGCAUGUGUUAUAAUGUGACGAUCUGUAAGGUUUACUCUCAGGUAAACAUUUUCCGUAAAGAGUUUUGUAGAUUACAAUGUGGAAACCAACGUCAUGGAAUUUUCCCCGAUCCAACUGGAAGUUGCUGUCACUAUGUCACGUGUCAUGGAAAUGGUUUCGGUUUCUUCGUUGGUGAAAGGCAGGCGUGUAUGGAACCUUUAGUUUGGAACCCAGUAGCCGGGGCAUGCGACUAUGCAUCAGAUGUACCCGGAUGUGACUCCAGUUGUCAUGAAUUUAUCGAUGUGGCCCCACUCCCAACUGCUGGAACACUUUUGACUGACCAAUGCUUCAAGAAUGGGCGGACGUAUACAUUUGAUGACAGUGUAGACUCUGGGGGAACCUGUUACUACGUGGACAAUGAGAUCAUGAAAAACUGCUGUCCCUUUGGACAAAUGUUUGAUUUGGAAGAAUGUGCAUGUCUUGGUGAAAUGAUUGCUGAAAGACCAAAUUGCGAGUGUGUGGCAUGGUUUACAUUCGACACAAACUUCGAAGACAGUUUGUUCGAUAUAUUUUCGGGUAGAAAACGUGCAACGAUCGAUGAGAACGAGGGUCAGUUUGGGGGCUCUGCGGUCUUCAGUGGCGAGGGCCACAUGUUUAUCCCAUACUUCAAUAACUUCUACUUUGGAGAGAGAAUCAGCGUAGCUCUGUGGUUCAGGACUUCGACCACAACAGUCCAAGGUUUAUUGACCAAUGGAUGCUGUAACCAACCCCCUACUGUUGAAAUACGUUGUGAUAGUGGCAGUGUGACGAUCACUUUGGAUGUAAUGGCUGGUGCCAAGUCUAUAACGUUCUCAGGAGCUUCUCCUGAUAGCUGGCAGCAUGUAGCGUUUACAUAUGACGGACAAUCAUUUACUGCGUACCACAAUGGGAAUGUUGUAGAGACUCUACCUUUACGUGGCCCUAUUCUGACCAACAAAUGCGACGUAACAAUAGGAAGAGGACGUGAUGAUCCACCCGGAAGCUUCCUUGAAGGAGCAGUCGAUGAGUUUGUUGUGUGUCAAUCUGUGUGGAGUGAAUCAGACAUAUUAGGAAUAUUCCAAUCAAACGAUGUGCCUACUGUUGAUAAUUAAUACUCGCAAAAAAGAAAGUUUCAAAGAAAAACUCUAGGAAUCAAAGCGACGAUCAUAUUUUAGGCGAUUGUCAAAUAUUAGAAUAAGAAAACUGAAUCAAUAUGAAAUAAAUG